AGAGAGAGAGAGAGAGAGAGAGAGAGAGAGAGAGAGGCUGGCAUUGAUCAGAGGCUCUAGAUUAUCGUGUGCGGGAUUAAUGCGUUACGAGGUGGUUUUGUGGUUUUCUCCUCUUCUCGGAGUCGGUGAAUAUUCUCUGUGUUUCAUGGAGGAUCUUCUGGCGUCGCUCAGCGCCCGCGUCUUCUUCUUCUCCCCGUCCUCUCGGAUUUAAGGCUUUCUCUCCUCAUUCUUGCAGAUCUCAAGGAAAUCUCUAAAGCACCAGGUGGUCCACGCACAUGGAGCACGAAUGGAGAUGCGACGUGAAAGAGGACUAAAUCCCCUUUAAAAUAGGCGGCUCAAUCUGAUUGGAAUUAAAUCUGGAUAUACCCGUGUUUCUGAAUCAUGGCAGGCUCCGUCUCCGUCGCCUCGAGGGCUGAAGGUCUUUGGAUUAACAGAUCUGCACGCGUGUGAGGAUUAGCUCUUUUGUCAUGUUGUUUGUGAGAAUGAUUCUUCGGGGGCUGUCGGUGGUUUGGGGAGUUACGCUGGCGCUUUCUCAGCAAACGCAGUUCACCACCGUCACCACAAACUACGGCAAGCUGAGAGGAUUGAGAGUGGCUCUGCCCAGCGAGAUCCUGGGCCCCGUGGAGCAGUAUCUGGGGGUCCCGUACGCGAUGGCCCCGACCGGAGAGCGCCGCUUUCAGGCCCCGGAGCCGCCGGCGUCGUGGCCCGGCAUCAGGAACGCCACGCAGUUCGCGCCGGUGUGUCCUCAGUUCCUGGAGGACCGACUGCUGCUCACCGACAUGUUGCCCGUCUGGUUCACCGCAAACCUGGACACGGUCGCCACGUACGUUCACGAGCAGAGCGAAGACUGCCUGUUCCUCAACAUCUACGUGCCCACCGAGGAAGACGCUCAGGACGACGCGGGCUUGAAGCCGGUCAUGGUUUACGUUCACGGAGGCUCGUACGUGGAGGGGACGGGGAACAUGAUCGACGGCAGCGUCCUCGCCAGCUACGGGAACGUGAUCGUCGUCACCGUCAACUACCGGCUGGGAGUCCUCGGUUUCCUCAGCACCGGCGAUCAAGCAGCUAAAGGGAACUACGGUCUGCUGGACCAGAUCCAGGCUCUUCGCUGGGUGAAGGAGAACAUUCAGGCUUUUAACGGAGACCCGGAGCGAGUGACCAUCUUCGGCUCCGGAGCCGGGGCCUCGUGCGUCAGUCUGCUGACCCUGUCUCACUACUCUGAAGACCUGUUUCAGAAAGCGAUCAUUCAGAGCGGGACGGCUCUCUCCAGCUGGGCCGUCAACUACCAGCCGGCCAAAUACACACGCAUGCUGGCCGAGAAGGUGGGCUGCAACGAAGACGACACGGUGGAGCUGAUCGAGUGCCUCCAGAACAAGAACUACAAGGAGCUGAUCGAGCAGAACAUCACCCCGGCCAAAUACCACAUCGCCUUCGGGCCCGUGAUCGACGGAGAUGUCAUUCCAGACGACCCACAGAUCCUCAUGGAGCAGGGAGAGUUCCUCAACUACGAUAUCAUGCUAGGAGUAAACCAGGGAGAAGGCUACAAGUUCGUAGACGGGAUCUUAGACAGCGAGGAUAGAGUGACGAGCAACGACUUCGAGUUCGCCAUAUCAGAAUUUGUUGACCACUUGUAUGGCUAUCCGGAAGGAAAGGACACCCUGCGGGAAACCAUAAAGUUCAUGUACACGGACUGGGCCGAUAGGGAAAACCCAGAAAUGCGCCGAAAGACACUGGUUGCGCUUUUCACGGAUCACCAGUGGGUGGCGCCAGCCGUCGCGACAGCAGACCUGCACGCGCAAUACGGAUCGCCCACGUACUUUUACGCCUUUUAUCACCACUGCCAGAGCGACAUGAAGCCCGCCUGGGCCGAUUCGGCACACGGAGACGAGCUUCCGUACGUUUUCGGUAUUCCCAUGAUCGGCCCCACGGAUCUCUUCAACUGCAAUUUCUCUAAGAACGACAUUAUGCUGAGCGCCGUGGUCAUGACGUACUGGACGAACUUCGCCAAAACUGGAGACCCGAAUCAGCCAGUUCCCCAAGACACAAAAUUCAUCCACACUAAACCCAACCGCUUUGAGGAGGUGGCCUGGUCUAAGUAUAACCCUAAAGAUCAGCUGUACCUGCACAUCGGCCUCAAGCCUCGCGUCCGGGACCACUACAGAGCCACCAAGAUUGCCUUCUGGCUGGAGUUAGUGCCGCACUUGCACAACAUCAACGAACUCUUCCAGUACGUUUCAUCGACAACCAAAAUCCCACCACAAGACACGACGCCGUUCUCCUACACCAAGCGCCUGUCCAACAAACUCUGGCCGUCGACCACCCGCCAUCCGCCUGCUCCUCCGGCCAACACCAAACAGAUGUCGGAUCAGCAGAAGACAUCCGAGCACGGCGACGGGACGGUUAUCAUAGAAGCGCGAGAUUAUUCGACCGAGCUGAGCGUGACGAUUGCCGUCGGAGCAUCCCUGCUCUUCUUGAACAUCCUGGCGUUCGCGGCGCUCUACUACAAGAAAGACAAACACCGGCUAGAGUCGAGUCGCAGGCACAGCCCACCAAGAAAUCUCGUGAACGACGUCCCCCGCGUGCCGAGCGAAGAGUUUAUGUCCCUGCAGAUGAAGCAGCUCGACCACGAUCACGAUUGCGAUUCGCUGCAAGGCCACGACAUGAUUCGGCUGACCUGUCCUCCGGAUUACGCGCUAACGUUGCGCCGUUCGCCUGACGAUGUGCCGCUGAUGACGCCGAACACCAUCUCUAUGAUUCCGACCUCUUUCGCCGGCAUGCAACCAUAUCACAACCCGUUCAAUGCAUUCGGGAACAGCACUCCGAGCAGCACAGGCCUCCCGCAUGGACACUCCACGACGCGAGUAUAACUCGGCGCAAGUCGACGAACUACUUAGAUGUGCACCCGGGUGCUCGAACACAAAUACUGAGGGUGUUAUUUUGUUACAGACUCUUUUAUGAACAGGUAACGUUACACUUAUUAACCUGUAUAAUGUGAUCAGUGAAUGUAAUCAUUUUCGCAUUCAUGAUACAACGACUGGAGCUUUCAAAAAAUAUGAUUACGUAAAUGAAGAAGUAUUGUUUGCAUCCUGAUUUCCUGGUUAAUGUGUGGGACGAUUAAUAAUAAACACUUGCUCUGCAGCACAAGGCCAUGUUUUCUGAUAGAUAGAUAGAUAGAUAGAUAGAUAGAUAGAUAGAUAGAUAGAUAGAUAGAUAGAUAGAUAGAUAGAUAGAUCGAUUUCAAUGGUUGCUAGAGUUUUGCUCCAGUUUUUCUAGACAGCAGCUAUUGUAGGUGAGUUUCUAUGCAGUUGUCAAGGUGUUGCUAGGAUGUUCUGGGUUGCUAUGCAGUUGCUAGGUUAUUUCUAGGUGUUUGCUAGGGUGUUGCGAGGCGGUCAAAAUUUACAUCACAAACUGACCCUUUAAAUGCUGCUUUCAACUAUUUUUUAUUGCAAGGGUUUUGCCAGGCAGUUGUUAGGGUGUUGCUAGGCAAUCAAAAGUAACAUCACAUUUUUUUUGGCAAUAUCUAGGUGGUCGCUAGAGUGUUGCUAUGCAGUUGCUCGGGUGUUGUAGUUUUUACGCAUUUGCCAUGCUAUUGUAGGUGGUUGCUAUAGUGUUGCAAAGUAACAUCAGCAACAAAUAGAUGACCCUAUUAAUUGCUGCUUUCAAAUAUUUUUUUAAUGCUAAAGUGUUGCUAGGCAGUUGUUAGGGUAUUCCGCGUGGUUUCUGUGUAGUUGCAAUUAUGUUCCUACAGUCAAAAGUAACAUCUCGUUUUCUUGGCAGUAGCUGGGGUGUUUUAGGUGGUUGCUAGAGUGUUGCUAUGCAGUUGCUACUGUUUUACUUGGCAAAUUCAAGAAUUUUCUAGGUUGGUAGGGUUUUGCUUGACAAUUGUUUGGGUGUUUUAGGUGGCUAAUAGAGAGUUAGAGGCUAGGAUGAUAUGCAGUGGCUAGGGUGUAGCUUUGCUAGGAUAUUCUAGGUUGUUGCUAUGCAGUUGCUAGGGUAUCUAUCUAUCUAUGUCAUGCACAGCAGUGCUUCAAGGCAAGUCUAUUUCACAGCCAUAACCAGCGGCAGCACUGACCACUGAUUUAAAAGGGUUUGUAAAAACAUUUAAUCUCUGUGCCAAAUUAAACGUUAAUUAAUCGCAUCCCCAGCGUCUUUUUAAGAGCAAAUCAAAAACACGGAAGCGUCUGAAGUUCUUACAUUUUAAACACGAGAUCAGGUUGCAGUGUGAAACUCUUGUGCCAUCUGAGAGGAUCUGCUGUCAGAUCUUAAAGGUGCUGGAAGUGAUUUCAUCCGUUCUGCACAUUGACGUUAGCCUUUAGACCCCGCCUCUCCGAAGACCCGCUCGAAAGGGUGCUUCUGAUUGGCUGCUCUUUUCUGUGGUUUUUGCGCGGUCCAGUGCUGUGAUUUCUCACUGCACACGUUACGCCGAUAUCUGCAAGGUUGUAGUAAGAUUUUAUACGUAUUAUUCUGUUACAAAUAUUGCUUGCAGCACCUUUAAAAGCAGCGUGGUAUCAGCGUGGCGAUGGCCUUUAUCUGACAGUAGUCUUUCUCUCAGCCUGAAUAGUGUUAUUUUACUGUAUAUAGCAUAUAGAAUAAAUUGUAAAAAGAUCAUCUGCAGCUUGUAGCAUCGCUUUCAACGAAACGGUCUUUUCUGGACUUUUUUCAUUUGCUCGUGUACAGUUCUGAAUGUACGUUUGCCAUCUUCAUCCCUUCACGUUUGACCAUUUCAGGCAUCGUUUGCGUGAUGGCGGAUUGUCCGGUCCUCGUUUCAGUCGGUUAUUGUGUCACAUGAAACAAUUCCUUCUGCUUUAAACCUCAUCGAAGCGAAAAGCAAAAGUACUGUUCUUCUGAACGCGCUCUGCCAUUGGUCAGUCACACAGAUAGUCCGGCCCCCCGAAAUCAUGUCUUUGACAUGUCAGGCCUAUAAAUGAAAUACACCGAUAUUAACGGUUUUGUUGUUUUCCAGUUGAAAGCUGAACUUCCUGUGAUUGUAAUCUGUAAACAGGAAGUGUGCAUAGUUUCUUAUUUCUAUAUAAUAACUGUAGCUCAGUUCAUGUAAGUACGGCCCAUUUUCAUAACGAUCGACAAAUAUAUUUAUUUUUGCUCGUUUGUGCUCUGCUUUUUCGGUUUGUAUUUUUAAGCAUUUAAUGAUGUACUCAGACAUUGUUUGUUACUUUUCCUGUAACAGAAGCUUCACAACGGAUCCAUAGUGCUGUAAUAAUGAAUUAUCAUUUGUCAAUAUAUAUUAAUCGCUCAUCUGCCUAACAGGGUACUGAUGGACGUGUACAUGUUUCAGUCUCGCUCUGAAUCAUGUUGCUUCUUUAAGUCUUUCCUCAUACUUUACGCUGUAUGAAUCUGAUUUGGUUUUGCCUCACUGAAAGGCUUAUCGAUGGAUACUGUAUAUGUAAGAGACUUUUUGCUGCUUUUUCUAAAAUUAAAUAAACUUAGAUUUUACUCA